CCUAGCCGCGAGCCGGAGUCGCAACUUCUGCAACGCCGGGGUAUGGGGGGUCCAGGAUGCCGGAGAAAGGGUCUGGAGUCGUACGUGCGCUGUCUGGAAGUGGGAACCGAACGAGGGGGCGUGCCGGGCCCGGGGUGGCCGGGUGUGUGAGAGGGUCCGGGCCGAGGCCCGAGUCCAGAGAGGCCCGAAACCGGCCCCCCGCGGUGUCCUCCAGAGUGGUUCCGAGACGGGUCACACGAGGGGGCCGCAGAGCGGAAAGGUGAAAGGUGAUUGUCACCAAAAUGUACAGGACAAAAGUGAGCUUAAAAGAUCGCCAGCAACUCUAUAAACUGAUCAUCAGCCAACUGCUCUAUGAUGGGUAUAUCAACAUUGCUAAUGGUCUCAUCAAUGAAAUCAAGCCUCAAUCUGUGUGUGCACCCUCUGAACAGCUCCUUCAUCUCAUCAAAUUAGGAAUGGAAAAUGAUGAUAGUGCUGUUCAGUAUGCAAUUGGACGCUCAGAUACAGUUGCUCCAGGCACAGGAAUUGACCUGGAAUUUGAUGCAGAUGUUCAGACCAUGUCCCCAGAGGCUUCAGAAUACGAAACUUGCUAUGUCACAUCUCAUAAAGGACCAUGCCGUGUGGCUACUUACAGCAGAGAUGGACAGUUAAUAGCUACUGGAUCUGCUGAUGCUUCAAUAAAGAUACUAGAUACAGAAAGAAUGUUAGCAAAAAGUGCUAUGCCAAUAGAGGUAAUGAUGAAUGAGACUGCCCAGCAGAAUAUGGAAAAUCAUCCUGUCAUCAGAACUCUAUAUGAUCAUGUGGAUGAAGUUACAUGUCUAGCUUUCCACCCAACGGAGCAAAUUCUAGCAUCAGGUUCAAGGGACUAUACUCUUAAGUUGUUUGAUUAUUCCAAACCAUCUGCCAAAAGAGCCUUCAAAUACAUUCAGGAAGCUGAAAUGUUACGUUCAAUCUCAUUUCAUCCUUCUGGAGACUUCAUACUUGUUGGAACCCAACAUCCAACCCUUCGGCUUUAUGAUAUCAAUACAUUUCAAUGUUUUGUGUCUUGCAACCCUCAAGAUCAACACACUGAUGCAAUAUGUUCGGUUAAUUAUAAUCCUAGUGCCAACAUGUAUGUGACUGGUAGUAAAGAUGGCUGCAUCAAAUUAUGGGAUGGUGUCUCAAAUCGUUGUAUUACUACUUUUGAGAAAGCACAUGAUGGUGCUGAAGUCUGCUCUGCAAUUUUUUCCAAAAAUUCAAAAUACAUUCUUUCAAGUGGAAAGGACUCUGUAGCUAAACUAUGGGAGAUUUCAACAGGACGAACAUUAGUCAGAUAUACAGGUGCUGGCUUGAGUGGACGACAAGUACACAGAACUCAAGCAGUCUUUAACCACACAGAAGAUUAUGUAUUACUUCCUGAUGAAAGGACAAUUAGUCUUUGCUGCUGGGACUCGAGAACAGCUGAACGAAGAAAUUUACUUUCCCUGGGGCACAACAAUAUUGUUCGUUGUAUAGUACAUUCUCCCACCAACCCUGGCUUCAUGACUUGCAGUGAUGACUUCCGUGCUCGCUUUUGGUAUCGGAGAUCAACCACAGAUUAGAGAUUCCUUCUUUGAAUAUUCUUUUCUCUCCUGCUCCCCAAUUUGCCCUGUUACUUUACAUAGUAUAUAUAUAUAUAUAUAUAACUUUUUAAAGUAUUUCUUAAUUCAUUGUACCAUCUUAUGGCAAUCGUGGUGCCAACACUAGAACCUUCCUGAAUUUGUACAAAAUUUUUUUUUACCUUGAUUUAGAAUCAUGGUGGAAAAAGUUGGAAAUGCUGAUAUAUAUAUAUAUAUGCAGUUGUUCCACAUUCACUGAUUAUUACAGUGUGAUCAUCACUAAGUACAGUACUUAUCAUUUGCUCACAAUAAUUAAUCCUUUUUAUAAGGAAAAAUUUUUACAUUUUUUCUAGUUCUUGAAAAAUCUGUCAUCAAGAAUUUUCUUUUGGCCUAAUUGUCAUCUAAUGCACUAUUAUCCCGUUACAUUGAAUUACUUUAGGGAAAAAACAACUUUGUUAGCUGCAUUGGUGCGCUGGUGGUCCUGCAUUUCUGAGAACAAAUAAUUGUGCCAUAUUUAAGACCUCUUUUAAAAAUAGCAAUUCUACCGAAAAAUAUUGUCCAGUAAUAAAACUCAGAUCUGCAAUACCUAAGCGUUACAUUUUUUACUUCAUUACAACGAAUUUUUGUCCAAGAUAGAUUUUAACAAUACCAUCCAUGUGAAAUUUUUAUCUGCAGUUUUUGCUUUUCUUUGUAGUAUCUUUAAUAAGGCUAUAGUAUGUGACCAUGGACUACAAGUUGUAAUGUCAACAUGUUUUUAAUAUCUGGAAUACAGUAAAAGUUAGGCAUUAGAGAUUAUAUUAAUCUCUGUAAAUUACAAAUGUUGAUUGGUCUUCCUCAUGAAACCUUUAAAUGAUAUUUUUCAGUUGUUUUUCAAAUGAACCUUAACUAUCUUCAUCAUAGAGGCACAUAAUACCUACCUCCUAUCUUUAAAGAUUUGUGCAGUUAACCAACUCUCUUUUUCUUGAAACCUUUUGAAGAUAAUUUCUACUGAAUUUAGUUAACUUUAUUAACAAGAUAAAAGACUAAUCUUGACCUCACUAUUCUGUCUUCCAAGUAAUUGCUUCAGUUUAGGUUGUCCCAAAUAUUAAGUGACACAUACCAAAGUGGGGACAUAGAAAAGUGCUUUUGACCAAAAAGCAUUUUACAAAUAUAGGCAAACAACCUUAUAGGACUUAAAACUUGAGAACAAAGUCCCUACAUAAAUUUAACAUGUUAUAGCUUUUUGUUUUAAAUUCAGUUUUGUUGGAUAUGGUAGUACUUCUAGACUACUAAAGUGCUCAUAUGAGAAUCAUUUCAAACAAAACUGUUUUGUUUUAAAGCAUUUCUAAUAGAGGGUUGCAAUAAAAUCACAGAGGUCUUGUUUUUGGAUUGGCAUAGAGUUCCCAAAGAUUACACAUUAAGAAACUACCUUCUGUCCUCAAACUCAAUAACUCAAGGUUUUGUUUUAAAUCUUGGUGUGUAAAUAUGUAAAUUAGCUAUUAUCAAUAGAUAUUCUGAAGGAUUUGAAGCAAAUAUAUUGCAAAAAAAAUCAGAAUCCAGAACUACUGAAUUAUUUUUAAAAUUUUGCUUUACAAGGUGAUUUUUUAAGGAGAAGAUGUAAUUUAUCUUCAUUUUUGCACUUCUUAAGGCAUAAAUACUUGAACUGGAUGAUCACAUUGAACAUCUAACAAGUUUAUUUGAAUGUUCAGGUUCAUAAAUUAUACAAUUUCUUGAAUUAAAAUGAUUCGUAUGUCUGCA